AUGGAGUACUUGAGGCAGGAUGGCCAGAUGCAGCGCUCCAUCCGCGAGGUGAACACGUCCAGCCGCUGGUGCGUGCUGUGGGACCUGGACGAGGACACACACUACAGCGUCCAGGUGCAGUCUGUUGGGCCACAUGGUGACAGCCAGCCCAGCCGUGCCAUCCACUUCAGGACUUUGGAGAGGAGUGACCAUUAUCCAGCUGGAGUCCUGGAUCACCACGAACCGGCGAUGGAAGGUCUUGGCAUGACUCCUCACUUACAGACAGGAGAGCUGCUCAUUAUCACCACUGUGCUGCUGCUGUGGGCAGCUGUCAUCGCCCUCUUCUGCCGACAGUAUGACAUCAUCAAAGACAAUGACUCCAACGGCAGCAAAGAGAAAGCCAAGAGGCCGCUGGUCCACGCCACUUCCUCCUACUACAACGCUUCAGCCGGCAGCUCGCCCAUUUACCACAACGGAGCCGUGCGCAGCAGCAGGCUCCACAGAGCCUCCUCCUCCAUCAGCAUCAUUAGAGUCUGAGUUUUGGUUCUGAGACUUACUGUACAGCGCAGGACGGGUGGACUCAGUCAUGUGCAACAUUUGCCUGAGGAACUUCAGUGGGAUUAUCAUGACAAAUGGAGAAUUUACGGACCUGACUAGAGUCUAAUGUGUUGAAAAAUAUGGGGAAAGUCAGAAACACUUUGUGAAAAUCAAACUGGGGAGGAAAUGGAGGAAUACUGCCCUCUAGUGGCAGAACACUGCAGCAUUACUGGUAUGCACACUGCAGCUUUUUUUAGGAGCUUUUCCAGGUGAACUUCAGUGCAAGAGGACAAAUUUUGACCUGCAGCCAAACUCAUUUCCUGUUGUACAAAAAAAGUUUCAUUUCUGUUACGUCUUCUCUCUGAUUUCAAAAACUAACUGUGAAUAUUUGCCAGCAUGUCGACUUCAGAUUAAUUCAACAGCUCUGUGCGUCAAGUUUGAGUGUUUUGGUUUAACAUAUGAGUGAAAGAGAGUGUGUGUACAUUUGUUUCUCACUAUUUUCUGUGAUUUCUACAUUUAACUUUACCUCUCCUGUAUUUUUCAUCUCCUAAUCAGUAAUUAGUUGUACAGUACUAACAUCAGAAACUGUGUAUUAUAUGUAAUUAGAAUAUGUACAUAGAUCAAAUUGAAAAUGUUGAGUAAUUUACAACCUGUUCUCAUUCCCAGGUCAUGAAAUACCAACGCUCUGUCACGUCCCUCAGCAUGGCCACCUUCGAUACCACCAUUUAGCGUCCCUUAUAGCCCCAUUUCACCAAACACCUGCGUUAUGAUACCUUUGGAACCAAAAGUAACCCUUCAGACAUGGUACCCAGACCCUAGGUUCAUUUAGCGUUUCCACCGCAAACGGUACUCUUAAAUGUGGGUGGGUUUGUUCAUCAUCCACAGAAUGAGUGUAAAAACACAAUAGAACAGGCUGCAGUGAGAGUCUCUCUCCGUGGAAUUUUCUAAAAUAGCAGGUUUGUGCAUUUAGUCCUUGUCAGGCAAACACUUGGUUUUAGUGUGGCAGGAGCCCACAGGAACAACACUCUGUAAUAUUUUUUUUUUUUUUUUAUCUCCAAGUGAGAAUUGGUGUAUAUGCUGUUGGACUAAAAGUCUCAUCCUACUCUCCAAUGUGCUAUGUGUGAGCUCAGUCCUGCGUGUUCUUUAAUGAAG